UAAUGCCGGUGUUUGUCGCGCCCGCCCGCCCUGCGCUCCCCCCCGCUGAUGCUUGGCCUCGGUGCCGCCCGCCCCGCGCUCGCCGCCGGGGCCGGGGCCUCUGCUGGACUGCGCCGAGUUGAGCCGGGGACCUGCCGCGGCCCCGAACCCCAGCACAUCUGAAGCGGCUGCAGGCACUUUAAAGAUGCUCAGGAGCGUGGAGGAGGACCUGGAGAAUGACAGGCUGAGGAUGUGGUCCCUUGUGCAGGUUCAGAGGCAAAUAUGAACAUUCAUCAACACUUGACAAUGACUCCUUGGGACACCAUGAACUUGCUGGAAUCUGGGCCACAGAGCACUUGCAAUAGCACCUUUUAAAUUUGAAUUUAAUUGAAAUCGAAGCAAAAGUAGUCAGCUGGACCAAUCGCAGUGAUGGCUAGCAAAAGAAAAUCCACGACUCCCUGCAUGAUACCAGUAAAAACGCUGGUGCUGCAGGAGACUGAACUGGACACUGUAGAAGAUGACAAUGAGGGAACACAACAGGAUGCUCCAGCAGAAGGGCCAGCAGCUAGUGAUGCUGGUGCCAGUACCAGUAACAAUGGAGCUUUGUCUAAUGGGCACCGUGGUAUUGCUGAUGGUGACACUUACAUCUGCAAGUCUUGUGACUUUGGAUCUCAAGAGGUUCACCAGUUCUUUGCACACUUGGACUCUGAGCACUUAGACUUUAGCAAAGACCCUGUGUUUGCCUGCAUUGCCUGCAGCUUUCUGGCAAACAGCCAGGAAGGGCUCUCGCACCACAACGCGGAGUCACACGCCGGAGAAACGAACUUCAUCUGGAGGGUGGCUAAGCAGGACAGUCGUACAACGGUGGAGCAAAGUCUUUCUGAGGCCACCGGCAGCCAUGACCCUCCAGGAGAGGCCCCUGAAGAAGGGGUGGAUGGCCAGUCUGAAAUUAUCAUUACCAAAACCCCCAUCAUGAAGAUCAUGAAAGGUAAACCUGAGGCCAAAAAAAUCCACACGCUGAAGGAGAAUGUGUCAAGCCAGCUGGGCAGCGAGUUGGAGGUGAAAGAUGGAGAGCAUUCAUUCCCAAAUGGGUCUGUGCCAGUUAGCCAGCCCACUGCAGGUUCAGCAAAAUCAUCUCAUAUCAUGAAUGGCUCCAUCAUAGGAAACGUGCCUGUGCUGCAGGCAGGCGUUGCACAGCUUGUGUCCCUGCAGCAGCAACCCCCAUUGCAUCAGCAACUACCCACCUCCAAGUCCCUUCCCAAGGUGAUGAUCCCACUGAGCAGCAUUCCAACCUACAAUGCAGCCAUGGACUCCAACAGCUUCCUGAAAAACUCCUUCCACAAGUUCCCCUACCCCACCAAAGCUGAGCUCUGCUACUUGACCGUGGUAACAAAGUACCCGGAAGAGCAGCUGAAGAUCUGGUUCACUGCCCAGAGGUUGAAGCAAGGCAUCAGCUGGUCGCCAGAGGAGAUCGAGGAUGCCAGGAAGAAGAUGUUCAACACUGUUAUCCAGUCCGUCCCGCAGCCCACCAUCACAGUCCUGAACACGCCGCUGGUGGCCAACCCUGGGACUGUCCCCCAUCUGAUCCAGGCUACAUUACCAGGCCACGUGGUGGGGCAGCCAGAGGGGACAGGGGGGCUGCUGGUCACACAGCCCAUCAUGGCAAAUGGAUUGAAGGGCACCAGCUCCUCCUUCACCCUGUCAGUGACUUCUGUCCCCAAGGUACAGCCGGCAGCACAGCACAGCACGGUGAGCUCCAGCAACACGUCAGGGGUAAAGGUGGUCAACAGUGGCCAGUCGCUGCUCACCGCCUGCCCCACCAUCUCCUCCCAGACCUUCCUGGAUCCCAACGUCUACAAAAAUAAGAAGUCCCAUGAGCAGCUCUCAGCCUUGAAAGGCAGCUUCUGCAGAAACCAGUUCCCUGGCCAGGCUGAAGUGGAGCGGCUGACAAAAAUCACGGGCCUGUCCACCAAGGAGAUCCGAAAAUGGUUCAGUGACAGGAGGUACCACUACAGGAACGUGAGAGGCGGCCGGGCCGUGUUCCCCGGAGACGGCGCUCUCGAUUCGCUGCCUGAGAUAACCUUCGACGCCUCGUCCAGAGGAGCCGAGCUGAGCCCUGCAGCAGCAGCAGCAGCUGUGCCAGCCCCUCACCACCCGCCGCGGCGGCAGUCGUGGCACCAGGCACCCGACUUCACGCCAACCAAGUACAAGGAGCGGGCACCAGAGCAGCUGAAGGCUCUGGAGAGCAGUUUUGCCCAAAAUCCCCUUCCUGCAGAGGAAGAGGUGAACCGCCUGAGGGGAGAGACGAAGAUGACCCGGAGGGAGAUUGACAGCUGGUUCUCCGAGAGGAGGAAGAAGAAGGUGGCAGAAGAAAAUAAGAAGGUGGAAGAGGCAACUCAGCAGGAGGAGGAGGAUGCAGAAAAUGGCGGUAGAGAAGGGGAGGACUCUUCAGAUGAGUUGAAAGCUGCAGGUGAAAAUGGCUCAGUGGAUGCCAGCCUGAGCUCAGCCGAGCGCAAAGUGAGUCCCAUCAAAAUCAACCUGAAGAACCUACGAGUGACCGAGUCCAAUGGCAAAGAUGAGGUACCGGGGGCCAGCGUGAGUGAGAAAGGGGACGGCAGCUCCAGCCGGCCACCCACCCCUCCAAAAACCAAAAUGAACUUCAAGAAAACAGCCCAGCAGCGGCACCUGCUGAAGCAGAUGUUUGUGCAGACCCAGCGGCCCACCAACCAGGAGUACGACGCCAUCGUGUCCCAGACCGGCCUGCCGCGGGCAGAGGUCAUUCGCUGGUUCGGGGACAGCCGCUACGGCUACAAGAACGGGCAGCUGAAGUGGUAUGAGAACUACAGGAGGGGAGUCUUCCCCCCAGGGCUGGUGGAGGUCAGCCCCGCGGGGCGGGAAGUGCUGGAGGACUACUACGAGAAGCACAAGGUGCUGCGGGACGAGGACCUGCCCACGCUCUGCGAGCGCUCCCACCUCAGCGCCCAGCAGCUCAAGGUGUGGUUUGCCAUGAAGGCAGAGGAGGAGAGCAAGGCCACCACCGGCCCCGAGGAGGCUGGCAGUGAGGCGGCAGGGAGCCAGAAAGGGCCAUGCGAGGCUGGCUCGGAGGUGUCGGAGAGCAGCGAGUCCUGGGAGCCGGGCGGCCAGGAAGGCGGCGCUGGGACGCCCGACGCUCCUGGCCCACCGCCCCCUGCACGGCUCGAAACAGACUGAACUGAAACCAGCAGCCCUGGAGGAUCAACUUUUAUCCUUGAGAACAAAUUUUUGGUCUGUAAGAAACCCAUGGGCAGGCGUGAUCCAAGCCUCGGGAGCAGGACGUGGUGAUAAAGCACUGCCAUAAAUGAGACCUUUGAGCACAGCAGACGUGAGAGCACACGUGCAAAACUGGGCACUCGGUGCAGAGCUCUCAGUGGCCCGGCCAAGGGGAUGGCUGAGAGCUGGCAGAGGCAGGGGGCAGCUUGCACCCAGGAAAGAGGAUGCUCUUCUUUGCUUCCCAAUGGACAGACUUUCAGAUUUCAUAUUCAUAUACCGAUGCCUACAGCUGCCUAUACAAGCAUAACAAAUCUCAGACCUUGUGUAAGCAAGGUCAUUGCUUAGAUAUGGACUAUCAUGGCACAGUACUUUUUUUCUGUUUUGGUUGGGGUUUUGUUUGGGUUUUUUUCAUCUGUCCUUUAAGGUGUUUGUUCUCUAAAGGUUGGCAUGGCUGCACAGAUCCUCUCUGCCCUUUAUGGUCCUUAAGCCCUGCAAUGAAGGGCUUUGCAGGCACACAAGUGUGUGUGUUAGGAAAGGAAAGGUACCUGAGAAGGAAACAGGCAGUUUUGCAAGUCCAGUGGGAGUGGAGUGAGAUUUCCAUCCCUGCAGAUGAGGUUCAGUUUAGCAUCUCCAAUAAGCAGCAGGUUCUCAGACCCAGACAACCCAGGAGAUGGAGCUCGGUGUCGUUUGUCCUUUGCUGGCUAAAAUAUUUUUCCCCUGUGCUCCCGGAGACUGACUGUAGCAGGCUAUUAAAUCUCCAAGUCUCCCUUUAAUCACUGAGAACUAGCACAUCAUAAUUUUUCCAUCCUGACCUGGAAUCCUUUUCAUUGUUCAGAGAGAACAAGCUGUUCUUCAGAGAACAAACACAGCGAGCAGGCGGCAUCGCUGUGAGCGGUUCAAGUCGUCGUCUCCAAGGGAUCGGCGAGGCAGCAGCUCUUCUGCAAUCAGGAAGUUUCCCUCUUGCAGCCCUACGUGACAGAUCUCCUGCAGCAGUGCUGCAGUGCUUCAAGUGUUUG